ACUACAAGUGUUCUUCCUCUGUACACAAAUACAACUCUGUUCUUAGUUCAGAGAACAACCCUUUACCUUGUACACAUCAAAGAGAGGAAAAUGGAAGGAGAAGGGUGUUGUGGGAGUUAUUUUCAGAGGUGGAAGCCUUACAUAGCUAUGAUUUCUCUGCAAUUCGGCUUCGCCGGUAUGAACAUAAUCACAAAAGUCUCACUCAACCGUGGCAUGAGCCACUAUGUGCUUGUGGUUUAUAGGCAUGCCUUUGCUACUGCAGCUAUUGCUCCUUUUGCACUUGUUCUCGAGAGGAAAGUGAGGCCUAAGAUUACAUUUGUUAUGUUCAUGCAAAUGUUCGUGUUGGGUCUCCUUGGGCCCGUGAUUGAUCAAAACUUGUACUAUGCGGGGUUGAAAUUUACUUCCCCAACCUACUCAUGUGCAAUAAGCAACAUGCUCCCUGCAAUGACAUUUGUGAUGGCCGUUAUUUGCAGGAUGGAGAAGCUGAACGUGAGAAAAGUAAGAUACCAAGCAAAGGUGAUUGGAACAGUGGUAACUGUUGCUGGGGCCAUGCUAAUGACAUUGUACAAAGGGCAAGUCAUAAAUUUCUUGGGGGCUAAGUACAUGCAUCAUCCUAGAAACUAUGCACCAGAAAACACCACUGAUUCGGGUGAAAAGGAUUGGUUUAAGGGUUCUAUUCUGCUCAUAAUUGCUACCCUUUCUUGGGCUUCUUUCUUCAUCCUUCAGGCAAUGACAUUAAGGAAAUACCCUGCUCAGCUCUCCCUCACAGCACUCGUGUGUGGAUUGGGUACACUGCAAUCAAUUGCAGUUACCUUUGUGAUGGAGCACAAGCCUUCUGUUUGGAGCAUUGGUUGGGACAUGAACCUUCUUGCUGCAGCCUAUGCUGGUAUAAUAUCAUCAGGUAUUACCUACUAUGUUCAAGGGAUUGUCAUGCAAAAAAAAGGGCCAGUUUUUGUUACUGCUUUCAGCCCUUUGAUGAUGAUCAUAGUGGCCAUCAUGGGCGCUUUCAUCCUUGCUGAAAAAAUAUAUCUUGGAGGAGUGGUUGGAGCUAUUCUGAUCGUAAUAGGACUUUACUCGGUUCUAUGGGGCAAAUAUAAGGAAAACAAAGAGAAAGAAGCAGAGACAAUCACUGAGGUAAUGAAGUGCUGUUCAGAAAACGGAAGGAUGGAAACUGUGAUCGAAGAUGCCGAAACAAAUGACAUUGAAAUGCAAAAGAGUGAAGGUUGUGAAGAGUCAAGGGUAGCCAUUGGUGUUCCAAAAGUAUGAACUAGUAGAGAUUCGAAAGGGAUGAAUAACAGAGGCUGCAAUGAAAAAGGGUCGUUGAGAACAGAGAAAUUGAGAGGGGAUUUUGUGUAACCUUCAUCAUCAUCCUCACCAUAUUUCUUCGGAAACUUAAGCUUUUUUUUUCGUGGUUUUAUUA